AUAGGUGGGUCAUUUUCGGCUUCCUCCCACCGAUGCCACCACAAGCAGAAGCACUGUCUCCCCAUCCCACAGUGUGGAGCUCUGUCCAUCAGCCCUCUACUUUUCCAUCCCCACACGAAGGGAUCCCAGAUCAUCAUGGACACAACACAGAAGGCAGUGAAGCGCCAGGCUAGCUUCUGCAACGCCAUUACCUUCAGCAACAGGCCCAUCGUUAUUUAUGAACAAGUCAGACUUAAGAUCACUAAAAAGCAGUGUUGCUGGAGUGGGGCUCUUCGACUCGGGUUUACUUCCAAGGAUCCAUCAAGAAUUAACCCUGACACUCUGCCGAAGUACGCGUGCCCCGACUUGGUUUCCCAAAGCGGUUUUUGGGCCAAGGCUCUGCCAGAAGAAUUUGCGAACGAGGGAAACAUCAUAGCCUUCUGGGUGGACAAGAAGGGACGGGUUUUCUAUCGGGUGAACGACUCUGCUGCGGUGCUCUUCUUCAGCGGGGUGAGGACGGCAGAGCCCCUCUGGGCUUUGAUUGAUGUCUACGGACUCACCCGUGGAGUGCAGCUCUUAGACAGUGAAAUCAUUCCUCCCGACUGCCUGCGGCCCCGCUCCUUCACCGCCAUCCGCCGGCCCUCGCUGCGGCGAGAGACCGAGGACACACGCCUCUCGGUCAGCCUCUGCGACCUCAACCUGCAGGAGGAGACCUUCCAUGUGACAGCCACCACGUGUCCCAUCCCGCAGAACUCCCUCAACUCCCAGCACUCCCACCUCCUCCCCUCGCAGCUGGAGAGUGACCUCCGCUUCCACCACCUCCGGGGACCCCACGUCAAAAUCCUUGAUGACCAAACCGUGGCCCGUCUGGAGCAUGCCCGGGAGGAGAGGACUUUGGUUUUCACCAGCAGACCACUUCGGAUCAACGAAACCAUUUUCGUCAAAAUCAACAAGUCUAAUGCCGUACGCACAGGGACACUGUCCUAUGGGGUGACGUCCUGCGACCCCAGCAUCUUGCGUCCCAGUGACCUCCCGUAUAACCCCGAGUCUUUGGUUGAUCGAAAGGAGUUCUGGGCCAUCUGCCGAGUUGUGGUGCCCCUCCAGAGUGGAGACAUCUUGGGAUUUAUGGUCAAUUCGGAUGGUGAGCUGCACUUGAGUCACAACGGUGCUGGCACUGGCAUGCAGGUCUGCGUGGACUGUUCCCAGCCCCUGUGGAUGUUCUUCGUUUUACAUGGCACGGUCACGCAAAUUCGAUUGUUGGGUUCUACCAUAUUAGCUGAGCGGCUGGGGCUGUCUACACCAAGCUCGCCCACAUCAACACCCAAUUCCCCCACCGUCCUCUGCAGUGGUGUCUCUGACCCCAUAUUGUCUACAUGUGGCUCUGGCCCCCUCUGCAGCUCUAUCAGUGGCACAGCUCCCAACUCUCCCAUCAGCUUGCCUGAGUCACCCAUCUCCCCGUCCGUCUCAGGGCCCUGGGGAGAUGAAUGCACCAUCUGCUACGAGAACAUGGUAGACACAGUCAUUUACUCCUGCGGACACAUGUGUCUCUGCUAUUCGUGUGGGCUGAAGCUCAAGAAGAUGGCCAACGCUUGCUGCCCCAUUUGCAGACGGGCCAUCAAGGAUAUCAUCAAAACGUACCGCAGCACUUAGAGCAGCACGAGCUGCUGUGCUGGGGACUGGGAAGGUGAGGAGGAGGCAGUGAAACAACACAAGUCUUGGUCUCUAUUCAUCAUCCAAGAGAUUAAAAAAACCAACAUCCACCACCGUCCUGAUCCCCUUUUCCAUGGACAACAGAUGAGCCAAGCUUAGAUGCUACUCUUCUACCCUCCAAGGAAGCCCUGGGGCUGAACUCCAGUGUGUCAGGGAAGUUGUGAUGGACUGCUCUCCCUUGUGAUUUUAAACUUUAUC